AUGUCAGCCACGACUGAGCCGCAGCGCGAGCGCGAGGUUCAGCGAUACCUCCAGAGUUGGCAGGUCGCCCAGGGCUCUUCGCUCAAUGUUGCCCUCAAUGUCGACAGCAUCGCGGCGCCCGACCUGCAGAGCACGGGUUACCAACCCAAGGCGUCUCCCGAUAAGACUCUCACGGCCUUCGCACAGCUCGCUGUCUUGCGACUCGACGUGAGGCGGGCCAUGGUCUCGCUGAUCGACUCCACAACCCAGACAAUCCUUGCCGAGGCUACUCACCAUAUUCAACUCGGAGACCCAAACGCAAAUCCAAAUGAUUCUCAAGACACGGUAAACAGCACGAAUAGCGACUUAUGGCUCGGAGCCGCGAUAUUGUCACGUCCGGACGCGGUCUGUGAGCAUGCGUUUGUGAAUACCUGCACCGCGAAGAACUCAAAAGAUCAACCGUACACAGUCCCCGGUCUCAUCGUCCCCGACUGUCGCCUCGACUCCCGUUUCAGUACCCGUCCCUAUGUGCUUUCGGAGCCAGGAGUUCGUUUCUAUGCUGGCGUGCCUAUCUUCUCCCGGAAUGGUCAUCGCAUCGGUGUCUUUGCUGUGUCCGAUGAGCGGCCGCAUGAUGGGCUGACGAUUGAUGAAAUCAAAUUCAUGCAGGUCACUGCUCAGACUGUCAUGGAGCACCUCGAGUGGGCGCGGGACCGUGUUGACCGGUUCAAGGGUGAACGUAUCGUGCGUGGGUUGGCGGCCUUCGUGGAAGACUGCUUCACAUUUAGUGACGACGCUAUUCCGACGAAAGACGAGGACCCAUCAACUGUUCGCCCUCCUGAAAUGCCUCUCAUCUCUUCAAAACGCCCGUUGUCGACGGCCAACACCUAUUUUCGACAUGGCAGCUCAGGGUCACCGCGGUCGUCGCUGUCAUAUCGUCUGCGAAACCAAGCGCCAGGUUCUCCUCCCCAAUCGCCGCCUCGGAACAGACAGGUCCCAAGAUCCAAGCCCGACAGUAUUUCCAACGUCUACCACCGCGCCGCCGAGAUCCUCCGCCGUGCUACACUUGCGGACGGCGUCGUUUUCUUGGGUGCCACUACUACGACCAACAGACAGUUGAGCCGGGCUAUGAGGACAGGGGGAUCAAAGUCUUCCGACGAAGAUGAACAAUCCCUUCCCGUCACCUCUGGAUCGGAAGGUGUUGGUCUCGACAGCUCAGACUCCGACACGUCGCCAGCAGCCAGACCUUGCAAGGUCUUAUCCUACUCAAUAACUGACGAGCGCGUACGCGCUGGCAUGGAGCAGGGCCCUCCUCUUUCACUUGGUACUCUUGAAAAGUACUUUGCGAUGUUCCCGAUGGGGAAGACCUUGUCAUUCACAGAGACUGGAGCUGGUGUUUCUUCGGAAGACGAUAGCGCGAGCGACCGAGAACCCAUACGAGUUGGACCGCUCGCAGGGGAGAGAUCCACUGAAGGCCGACGGCGCAAGGUCAAAAUGGAUCAUGAAGAGCUGCUCAAAAAGAUCCCCGGCGCCAAGUCGGUUGUCUUUGUGCCGCUCUUCGACUACAGCGAGGACAGGUUUGCCGGAGGCUGCUUCUUGUGGACGUCAGUCACCGGCCGCAUGAUGAACCUCGACCAAGACCUGUCAUAUCUCCGAGCCUUCGGAAAUAGCAUAAUGAGCCAGAUCGGACGCAUCAAUACCCAGAAGAACGAGGUCGCGAAGACGACCUUCAUCGCCAGCAUGAGCCACGAGCUUCGGAGUCCUCUGCACGGAAUCCUUGGCUCGGCGGAACUGCUGAAAGAUACUGAGACGGACACCUACCAGUCAGGCCUAAUUACCUCGAUAUCCACCUGCGGAAAGACUCUUCUCGAUACUCUGAAUCACGUCCUCGACUACAGCAAAAUCAACCGACUCGGCCGCGCGCAGAUGAGAAAGAGUGCAAGACAGAACAGACCUGUAGUCCUCUCUUCAGACUCAUUAGAAAGCUUGAGCAUGACAGCGAUGGUUGACCUUGGCGUCCUUGUCGAAGAAGUUGUCGAUGCUAUUGCAGCAGGACACGCUUUCAAGAAACUGGCCGGUGCUGGUGCUUUGGGGCCGAUCAAGCCCGUCAACGAACGCCUGGAAGGUCCUGUUACGAUUGGCAAGUACCAAGGACCUGGAGGUGAAGGCCCCGUGUCGGUCUUGCUUGACAUAUGCCCGAGGACAUCCUGGAUGGUGAAGACUCAACCAGGCGCUCUCCGGAGAAUUAUCAUGAACCUUUUCGGCAACGCUUUGAAGUACACCUCUUCGGGAUUCGUUCUCGUGUCACUCAGUGCCUCUUCAAAGGGAGAUGGCUCGAAAGUCAACGCGUUGAUAAGAGUCACCGAUACCGGAAAGGGAAUGUCCGACGAUUUCCAAACAAAUCGCCUGUUUGUGCCCUUCAGCCAAGAGGAUUCUUUCCAGCCCGGGACGGGUCUAGGCCUGAGCAUCGUGAAACAGAUCGUCGAUUCUCUCGGAGGUGCACUCGAGGUCAAGUCUCAGCAAGGCACGGGCACCGAGGUCGACGUGCACCUUCGUCUGUCGCCAGUCAACGAUGAAGCAGCUCAUCAGCCCGAUGAGGCAAUUCGAUCGGUCGUCGAACACACCAGAGGACGGCGUUUGGUGCUCCUGGACGGCGACGAAGGACUUCAGCCGCCCGCAUUCGAUCGACAAGUCGCGAAGCUCAACGAGGUGAUAGUCAACACUUGCACGACUUGGUUCGGCAUGCGAGUCGAGAAAGAGACCGACGAGAACCUCUCACAGGCGAACAUGUUCUUAUACUGUGAGCCUCCUCCAAUCGAGGCACUUGAGCGACGCUUCCAGAACCACGACCCGGCUGCCCAAAAGGUUCCCAUCAUCAUUGUCUGCCAGAAUGCCGAAGAGGCGGUUCAAAUUUCACACAACCACACCAAGAUAUUGGGAGAGAUGGCGCAAAUUGUGGAGGUUAUCUCACAACCAUGCGGGCCUAGAAAACUGGCUAAAGUCUUCGGCAACUGUCUGAAGCGAGCGGAAGCUGCGGCUUCCGCAAGAGCUGCAGCCGCAGAGAAUCCUUCAGUGGUCGUUGCUGAUGCUGGGCAAGAGUCGACAGACUCACCGGUUUCUGACGGUGUAUCAAAACCCGAGGACCACGUUGUCGUGCACCAUGACCAGCCUCCCCGAGCUGUUAAACGCGAGAUUGCCACAACCCGAGCACUGACGAAGUCAAUGGAAACGAUAACCGUCGAUGAGAUCGGCAGCGCGGACCUGGAUGGGCAGAAAAAGAGCAAACUUCACGUCCUUCUCGUCGACGACAACAAAAUCAACCUCAAACUCCUCGUCAUGUUCAUGAAGAAGUGCGGCUUCUCCUACGAAGAAGCCGAGAACGGACAGGAAGCAGUCGACCAAUUCAAGAUGGCCUCGGGAGCGCUCAUCCCGCAGGACUCCUCGGAGUAUGGCACGCGGCGCCGCUUCGAUUUCAUCCUCAUGGACAUCAGCAUGCCCAUCAUGAAUGGGUUCGAGGCUACCAGAUGCAUACGCGAGUUCGAGCGCGAGCAUAGUCUCCAACCGCCAACCGUCGUCGUUGCUCUGACGGGACUGGCGAGUGCUGAUGCAAGGCGCAACGCGGAGUCCGUGGGGAUUGAUGUUUUCUUACCGAAGCCGGUGCGCUUUGCGGAGUUGAAGAAGCUUCUCUCGGCCAAUGCCGACGAGAAUCAUGAGUAG